AUGGAGGAGUUAAAUGAAUCAGAGGUGAUGUGGCCGGAUGAUGACCGCCGGACCAAUGUGGUGGUCGCAGAUUGGUUUUUGUCUUCCUUCCCUGCUGCACCCAAGGACAUCACAAACACUAGCAGUGAAGAGGAGAAGGAGAAGGGGUGGGUGCCUCCACAUGUUGAGGAGGCAUGUAGACGUCGGGGGAUGGAAGGGAGGGCAGCGAUGUCGGUGUGCUCUGGGCGGGGACGAACGCUGAAAGGCCGCGACCUCUGUGACGUCCGGGACUAUGUACUCUGGUUGACUGGCUUCUUGGAAGGAUGA